AAAAAAAAAAAAGAAGAAAAAAAAUAUUUUUACUUUUGUUUUUCAUUUAUGAUUUUUGUUUUUUCUCUUUUCUUGCUUCUCCCUUUCCUUUUCGUUUUUUCGUUUCUGGAAGGGAGGAAGAACCAGCCGAAGGGAAGGGGAAGGGAAGGGAUCUGGGAUCGAAGCGCUUCUGCUCCGUCCGCGCACGCCGUUGGAUUUCGUCAACGCUCGCUCCUGUCCGUUGAUUCGGUUUCCUUUAUCGUGCCACCUUUCUUGCUUCCUCCCCACUUUCGUCGUCUUCUUCCUCCCGUUGAUCGCAGAGGCGAGGACUUGUGAGGUUUUCUGAGGGCAAUCUCGUUGGCCCCGGAUGGUUCAGAUGAUAAAUUCUGGAAGCUUGGAUGCGAAGAAGGGGGCGAUGAAGCAGACCGUGGCGUUCCCGGAACCGGAAUCGACAAAGAGGUCCGUGGUGAAGUUGGAGAUCGCGGACGAGGAGGAGGAGGAGGAGGAGGAAGAGGAGGAGCGCUGGCCGCCGAGCAAGAGGUGCAAGCACCCCGCGCCGUUCCAGCAGUGGUGCAUGGAGACGAGCAUGGUUCCGCCACAGCCAGCUCUUUAUAAUCCCUUUGAUGAACCUAGCCCACUCGGCUUGCGACUGCGGAAAAGCCCAUCACUUUUGGAUUUGAUCCAGAUGAGACUUUCUCAAGGCGAUCCUGCUGCACUUGGGGCUGAUAGCAGUGGAGGUCUGGAUUCCGCAAGAAGUGACGAGAAAGGUGCAGUGGCUUCUUGCACAAGUGACAAGUUGAAGGCGUCCAACUUCCCUGCUUCGCUGCUAAGAAUUGGUUCCUGGGAGUGUGUCUCAAGGUAUGAAGGUGAUCUGGUUGCAAAAUGCUAUUUUGCAAAACAUAAGCUUGUGUGGGAGGUUCUUGAUGGUGGUCUCAAGAGCAAAAUUGAGAUCCAGUGGUCAGACAUCACCGCUUUGAAAGCUACCCUUCCAGAUAAUGGGCCAGGCACUCUUGAUAUUGUGUUAGCUAGACAACCUCUCUUUUUUAGGGAGACUAAUCCACAACCAAGGAAGCACACGUUGUGGCAGGCAACCUCAGAUUUUACUGGAGGGCAGGCAACUAUGCACAGGAGACAUUUCUUAAAGGUGCCUCAUGGGUUGCUUAAUAAACAUUUUGAGAAGCUCAUUCAAUGUGACCCGCGGUUGAACUUGCUAAGUCAGAGAGGAGAUAUAUCCUUGGACUCCCCAUACUUUGAUUCCAGGGCUCCUGCAUUUGAGGAUCAAAGUGACUCAAAGUUUCAUGGGUUUGACCAUUCGAAGGAUAAUCAUGUUUCAAUGUUCUCUGGCUGUCCAGACUCUGGAUCAACAUGUACUGCUCAGUCAUUGAGCUUGAAGACUGAGCCUGUGGAUCCUGUUGGUAGAGUACAUGAAUCUGUCUCUCAUGAAACUCCUUCACCUAGCUCAGUGAUGGACUCAAGGGCUAUUGAAGACCGUACGUGCAAUGAAAAUGUAGUGUCAAAGGGAUCAAACUUUUGGGAACAAUUGAAGGUUCCUUCUCUCCGGGGUUCUAUGUCGGUGACUGAUUUAGUAAAUCACCUUGAACAUUGCAUCACAGAACAGAUGACUUCUGGAAAUCCUGCUAUGUCUGGUGAAGACCAGUGGAACAAAGACGUUUUGGACGAGAUAACUCAGCAUCUACUCAGUGAUUCACAAAAUCCCUUGGCUUCUGAUGAGCAGUGUCUCAUGUCAAGAGUGAAUUCUCUUUAUUGUCUUCUACAGAAGGAUGCAAAUACAGAUCAUGCACUACAUAUGAACAGUAAAAAAAAGGUUGAUGCAGAAACCAGUACAGACGAGGAAUCUGAUGACGAUGAUGAUGAUGAGCGUGAUACUGUGUCCCCACUGGGAGGCAAAAGGAAAAUGUCUGAGUAUGCAACAUCAUCUAAAUCCAAACUUGAUAAUGUUAAUAACAAGCAGAAUUCAGCAAUGUCUAGAAAGGACUCUCUUGGUGAUUUGCUGCUUGGCCUUCCUCGAAUUGCAUCUCUUCCAAAGUUCUUAUUCAAUCCAUCAGACGAUGGUGGCCGUGCAAGGUGAUGUAGUUUCAAUUCAGUUGAGAGCUCAUUGUAUAAAUUGUAAUAUUUGAACAGCAAUUCUGUAGUAUCUUGUCCUCUGUCCUAUUGUUUCUGUUCCAACUGGAUUUAGAUGUUGAAAUCCGUGAUGAGAAGCUCUUAGAUCUUGGGAUUCAGAUAAUUGCACAUGACGAAUCCUGAUAUAGGAAAUGUUCUACAAUAUUCAUGCUUGUUUCUGCAUAUCGAUGUAAAUUGAUCAUUUUGCAGCUAUGUACUGUACCCUCUUCCUGUA